AUGUUCGUACGCGAGCGUAAGACUAGGUGUUCCGGAACUUGGCCCUGCACUUUCUGCGCCCGAAUAAAGCUCGAUUGCCAAUUCACGGCUGCAUACCGUCGUGGCCAGGUACCGGCCAUAGACCUGAAUCCAGAAGCGUCCAUCACUACAGAUGCUUCGGGGGACGAUGUCUAUUCGCAAUCCCCGUCCGACUUCAGCCCAGGUAACCGUCCGGGGCGAGAGCUGGUAGAUGACCGGCCGCCUUCGAGCAGCAUCGGUUCCUCGAUAUCAGCGGACCACCAUGCGGACGGUCCAACACCACCCCUGACCCAGAGCGAUGCGACUCAGAUAUCUGCUGAUCCCGUACGGUAUGGCCAUCAUCCCAGAUACCGCGGGACUAGCACGCUAGAGCAUUCAGGUCGCAACUCCCCCGAACAGAAUCAGACGGACCAGCAGGGACACUAUGUCGGGCCAGCAUCAGGUGUAUCGUUCUUGCUGCGCGUGCAGCGCACCCUCCAAAAGCAUGCAUACGGCCCAUCCAGCUCAUCGACAUUCACAUUUGGUGAUCUGCCCCUUCCAGGUGACAGGUCGCCCUUCGCUAUCCUCCCGCCAAGGACGCAGGCGCAUGCCAUGGUGAGGAGGUACUUCGGCUUCGCCGCAGCUACGAACCACUUCCUUCAUCGGCCGACUGUAGAGGCAUGGCUCGAGGAACUCUACAGCACCGGUGGGGCCAUAAGGGAACGGCGUGGCGCUCGAAGCCGGGUAGCCCUGCUGUUCAUGGUUUUCGCCUUUGCAAUCAACUACGGACAUAGCGAUGUGCCGGAUGAAGGCGUUGCUCUGUCCACCUCUGAGGCUUCUGAGACAAGGUAUCUUGGACCGUCCCUCUCCAUCGAAAAGGGAGAGACAAGCCUGACAACCGUGCAGGUGAUGCUGGCGCAAUGCUUCUAUCUCCUCGCACAGUCCCGUCUCAACCACUGCUGGACCGUGUUCGGGACCGCGUCGCAUCUGAUGCUGGCAUUAGGCAUGCACCGCAAGUCCCGGGGCAGCCUCCGGGGUGCCAGCCCGGUGGACUGCGUCGAGAUUGAAUGUCGUAAGAGGACAUUCUGGUGUGCCUACACCCUGAACACGUAUCUCAGCGAUAUAUUGGGGCGGCCCAUGACUUUCCACGACGACGACAUUGACCAGGACCUACCUCUUGACGUGGACGAUAGUCAGAUCCAACCAAGACAGGUAGUCCAGCCCGAGAUCAGGGGUCCUUCGACGAUGUCGGCUUCGGUGGCGCAUCAUAGGCUGUCACAAAUACAAACUCGAAUUCUUCGGAGUCUAUAUGGAAUCUCGACCCCUUCAACUGAGAGACACUUCGAGCUGGCAGACGAUUUCACGGAUAAGCUUGACAGAUGGCGCGAGGACAUUCAGUACCUCUUCGAUGCAGAUGGCGAUUCCUCCAUCUUUGUCAGGCUGGUACUCCGACAACGCGACGUGCUACGACUGACAUUCUGGCACUCUAGGGUUCUGGUACACAGACCCUUCUUGCUCAAGACAUUCGCCAACCUGGCGGGUAACAGUCAUGGCGAUCGACUCCUCUCAUCAAGACAGCCUGAACUCGAGCGUAACGUUCAGCACUGUCUGGAUGCGGCCGUCCACAUCGUUCAGCAGAUUGACCGCAUCAAUGCGGCCGGUCACCUGUACAGCACUCUAUUUUCCAUCCCCUACUACGGAUUCAGUGCUGUCGUCGUUCUCUAUGUCUACGCCAUCCGACAAAGGACCGAGUUACCCCAAACCUACUUGCAGUAUUUCAACGACGCAUCGCAUUGCCAUGCGCAGCUCGAGAGAAUUGCUAGUAAGGGAUCCAUGAUGCACCGCUAUGGGAUUGUACUGCAGGAACUUCGCGUGGAAGUUCUUCGGCACAAUGCCUACCUGGCAUCCACGGCCGCGCCUCAUGCAGCCGGGUCAGAGCAUUCUUUCCAUGGCUCGGGCAUAUCUCCUUCCCCGUCUCAUCCACAAGGUGGGGGCGAAAACUCCGUCGCUGUGGGAGCUGUGAAUCGGCAUUCAUGGGAUGAAGCUCUAGGUGAUGGCUUGACAUUAUUCUCCGACGUCGGGCUCGAUGCCGUCGAUACGCUGGGUAUGGCGGGAUGGGGUCAGUUCGACACCCUCAUCUCCGGCAGUAUUGGCCGACUGGAUCCUUCAUUCUUCGAAGGAGUGCCAGGCAGGGACCUGGUCAACAGCUCGGGCCUUGCCGAAUGGUGA